AGCCGGGGUGUAUAUAAGGGGUGCCUCUCUCUCUGAGCGGAGAAGUCCCUUCAUCCCUCUCUCAAACACUCCUCCAACACAAGGACUCUCUUUCCUCAAGAUGACGGCGGGGUUGUGUGUGUGUGUUCUGUUGGUGGUCCUGUCCACUAGCUGUUUGGGACGACCCCAGUCCUCUCCCCCCCUCCAAGAGGGCGACCCUGCCAUGCCCCCUUCCUCUGAAGCACGUCUUGAAGCCUACGCCCACUUCCUCUCCAAGCCACGCCUCAGACAGACACGCUCCGCCACUUUGGACAAUACCGUCCCAUAUACGGCAGAAGAAGACGGAGACUCCAGAGCCAACCUCAGUGAAUUGUUGGCUAGACUCAUCUCCUCACGGAAGGGUUCUCUCCGUAAGAACUCAACAGUGAACAGCAGAGCUAGCGGUCUCAGUGCUAACCACCGGAUAAAAGACCGAGACUACAAUGGGUGGAUGGACUUCGGCCGCCGCAGUGCAGAAGAGUACGAGUACUCCUUGUAAAAAAGUAGUCACUCUCUACAAGAAAACAAAAAACUCAGUCAAUGUCCCGCGAUAAGAGUAUAUUUAUUCUGUAUUUGUUUGUAAACACUACAUGAUGCAAUAUAUACAUAUGCCACAUUUUUCAGGAAAUCUUUAAAGUUCUGGUUUUCUUUCCUGGUGUUCUGUCUGUUUAUGGUUUUGGAGGGAAUUGAAUGGAAUGAAUUAAGGUCAGGUGUUAAUGGAAUAAUAUAUAUGAUGUCAUGAGAUUAACUUGGAUCAAUAAAAGUUAAGAAUGAACAGUAUCUC